AUGGCUGAUUUGCACAAAUUCAUAAGACAGCAAUUUUCCGACAAUAACUGGGCUAAGGAGUGUGAUGUAUCCAGCAUUUCUAUUGUGAAGCUAAAGGAGAUAGCGGAGUCGUUCUGUCAGCUAGAUGUUAAAUCAAAACUAAAUAUCAUUCUCACCUACUGCAAUUCUGCUAUUCCUACUGAUCCUGAGAUUGCUAAGUAUGUAGAAAGCGUUACACUACAAGCGCUAGUUGAAGAAAAUAGCUUUGUACGAGCCAUCGCAACAGUCCUUCAUAGCCGACAAAACUUUGGACACCUUACAUUCGACAUCUCCGAGACAAAUGACACAUUCGCUAAGACUCUUGAAAACUUGUCUUCGCAUCAUGCAGUAGAAUCAACAUCUUCCAAAGUUCCACUGCUUGCGGAAUUACUUGAUACACGAAUAACGGAUGCUGCGUUAACGCCGAGUUCACACCUUGGAGUGGUGACAAGCAACUGUCUAAAUUCCUUGUGUGGUUUUCGGUUGCGUUGUAAAACGCCUGCUUUAAAAAUGAAGGAGGCAUACCUUGAUCGUCUGCACGAAGAGUGCGAGCGUCGUCGCGUUCACGUACCCAUUCCAGGGCGCAGUUUCGGCAAGCAGGAAAGCUUUGAAGAUAUCCCUCUUGAUGGUCGCAAUAAUCAGCACCUCAACGAUAACUCCCAUCAGGAUACAACCGUCGGGAGUCGUCGAGCUCCAAGUUUUCCUCGCCGUUCGUCCAUGGCCCGGAAAUCGGAUAUAGGCGACGGUGAAGCAUCUGUUGCUGGUAGCCCUGGGCCGGCUGGUGCAUCUUCGCUUGUGGGCUCAAGUGCUCGGGCCAAGCUAUUGGCAAUGCAAAGUCGACCAAGCGUUGCCUCAGGCACUAACGGAGCCAGUGGUGCUGGUGGAGCAGGGAAUCCCUCGCGUCGGAUGAUGCUACUUUCCUCUACGGAAACUGGUGAACGAAGUUCUCUACGUCUUCUUUCUUCCUCGAGUACUUCAGCAGCUGGUAAUCGACGCUCAGCAGGCAUUAAGUUACUUGAUUUUGAAGAUCUACCUGCGACAGGAAUUCAAGCUAAGAGAUUGCGAAGGGAGCAGCUGGAGAAGGAGCGCGAGGAGAAGCGUCGUGAACGUGAGGAGAAGGCUCGUGAGCGACGAGAAGCUCGCGAUGCCGCUCGUCAGGCUCGUCUACUUGCACCCGGAACUAAUAGCAAACUGGCAAACCCCUCCUCUCCUCCUCUUCCUCUGCAUAAUCCUCCUCCCCCUCCGCCACCUCCACGACUGGCUGUAGCCCCUGCGAAGGUGCCGGAAAUCGACGAGUCAGAACGCCCCGCCCGCAACCACCAUGCCCGCCACCUCCCUGAUGAAGAGGACGAUGAUGAUGACUACGACGAUGAGGAAGAAGAGGGUUGCAGUAUUCGCAACCCUGGGGGUUUUAAUGAGUCCCUGCCACAACCCGCGGUAAGUCUGCAGCCUCAGCAAGCUGCGCCCGCGGCAACCAUCGUUCUCAAGCGGUCAGCCCAGGGUGGUCAUUUUGUUCCCCAACUGAUUACAACGAACCAGUCAGCAGCGGUACAGCCGGGUAUUUUCCAGGCAGUACCUGGCAACCCACGGAUCCGUUUCAUCCGUCCCUGGGCGCCACAGCCAGUGCAGGACAGCGGAACCGAGGCUGUGGCUGCCACGACGACGCGGUUUGUCCAACUUCCUGACGGUCGGUUAGCUCUCGCUACGGCACCUCCACAACAGGCGCAGCAGCCACAACAGCAAACUGUUUUUAUCGCAAACCCUGGCACCGUGAGUCCUAUCACCUUUGUCUCUGUCACCUCCAAGCGUCUAAGCAAAUCACCUGUAACUUCCAAAACUAAGAACUUGAGAUGCUCAGUAUCGGGCGUAUCCGAUGUCGGUCUUGAAGGUGCAGUCAAUGCGUCCAAAGGCCCACUUGACAAUUUAUUUCAGAUCCAAAUGGCAGCAGCUCCCGCAACCCAACUCCCCAUCUCGCUACCCUCCACCUUCCAGGCAGCAGCUACUCCCAAUUCUACUCAGGUGUUCGUUCGGACCCCAACUCUGGCCAACUCAGCUCAGAAGCACACUGUCGUGGUCUCCCCGAGUCUACCUCAGGCUGCCAUUCAGUUGCCCCUCGCUCCCACAGCUGUAGUGGGGCAAGGUGUUCCUUUAUCGACUGCCACGCGUCUCCAGCCUCGGGUAUUCACCAACCCAGGGCUAGGUUGGUCGUCUUGGCUGAAUAACACUGAUCGACCUGACUUGUCCAUUAGCCGGAAACCCGGCGGUCUAAUGAGUGGGGCUAUGACUGCCCUAGGUAGCCAUGGGAUCAAGUGUUGUGGAGGGAUACUUAAAAUGCGUGUUGGAUUCAAGUGUGGUAUCUAUCCGUUUGUUUGCAAGCUCAUCCAAAUUCGCCCUCGAAUGCCCGUUCCUUCCACCGGUGCCGUAACUCCCGCCGUAGCCGCCGCUGCCACUGCCGCCACCACCGGUGUCUCCCCGACGCCGGCGACACCAGCAGCGACCAUUCCUGUAAUCCUGCCCUCUUUGAAUGCCGUGGCCAGCGGCACGUCCACAACCACCACUACCAUCCAGCAACCUCGAAUACUCGUGGCUAGUUCAGCCACUUCUGUCUCACCCGUGUCGGCCUGUUCAACUUCCCAACCGCAACAGCAGCAACCGACCACUCUCUGUUCGCAGCUGAUGAGGAUAGUUCCACGGGCUCCACUAAGUACAUCUGCCUCCCCCUCCACCGCUGUGGACGCUGCAACCUCUAAACCCCCCCAGCAGCCACAGGCGACUCCGUCGAGACCAAGGGAGGAGUUCCGUCUGACGACGACCCAACUCAACUCAAUCCACAGUCUCUUUCAGGACGCCAAUUGCCUCUCUCGACCAGACAAGGCUAUCAUCCUAUCUUUCGUUAGUGGCCAACGUGGUAAUGCCCUGUUCUCAUUUUAUUACUUAAAUCCUCACCCGGAGGCCGGCAGUGCACUGCGGAUCCGCUUAUCCGAAUACCGAGAGCGCGUGAUCGACGCGGCCUCGGGCAAGGUGAUGGAAGUGGCUGCGGACACCUUCAUCCACCUCGACUACGCGACGGGCAAGUUCGAGCGUGUCAAGUCCUAUCGCAGUCUGCCGUCCGAUCAACUCAUGGCCCUUCCUGUACUCCCCGGCACUCCUCACUAA